AUGAGCGAGCCAAUUAGAGAUGGAGAACCUCAAAAGCAGCGGAAGGAAUAUACUCUUCCGGGAAUAAUGCAAUAUCUCCAGUCACAAUUCACGCUAGCAGAACGGAAUCGAAUGCAAAGUGACUUGGAAAGAUCAUCUUUGAAACUUAAAAUCGUCGAGCUAGAAAGUGAGCGGAAUGCCCUUAAACUCAAAAAUGAAAAAUUGAAUCUUCAGGUAGAAAAAUUGCAAGAGAAGCUCUCGAAGUAUGAGAGCAAUGGAAACAGUGAACUAUCUCGAAGUUCAAGUGGAAAGCUUCUUAGAAGUAUAUCUAUUGGAAGGAAGCAUGAAAAAGAAAACACCGAGAAAAAGGAUGAUCUGAAUGAUCUUGCAGAAAUAAACACGAUUGAUUUGAAGAAGCUCCUAGAAGCACGGAAAUUCUUGAAGUCCGCUACAAGCGAAAUAAUGUAUCUUUUAAAAUCACCAAAUGUGGUGAUGGAGGACCCACUUCAACUAGAUAAGAGGUCAUUUUUUAAUAAUGCAAAUCCAAAUAUUGAAAUUGGAUCUCCCACAACAAAUGGCGAUUCUUUACUUAAUUCCCCGCAAAAUGAAGAUUAUUUAGAUAUGGAAAUUCCCCUGGAUAGAUCUUCUCUGCGAACUAAAAAUCACGCACAGUUUAAAGAUGAGGCACCGACAUCAGACACAGAAACAAAUACUAUUAUAGGAGAAGAAAUAGGUAAUUCCGGAAAAGUUCAUACCAUAAAGCCAUUUAAAGUAAUGAAAAGAGACAAGAAUGAUGCCACUUUAAACCUGGCUCAUGGAAAGAAGUUAGGUAUGUCAGUAACUCCGAAUUACGGUAAAUUGAUAAGAGGAAAACUUUAUUGUUUUGAUAAAAAUGCCAAUAAAGUUCAGUGCUACGUUGACAUUGAAAAUCAGCCAGAGAAUUGUGUUGUUGAUCGGAUUUACUCAUGUCCCGAAGAUUUUGUUGACCUUGUUGACGUUGAUGCAAAUUCAGAUUAUUUAGUGGUGGCAGGCAAAGCAGAAGUGUUGGUGUUUUUGAUUAAUUCAUCUAAGAAGGAUUCCAAGCCAAUUUUUACUUUCAAAGGUGUGAGCGACAAUUUAAAGAGCAUUGAUAUUAAUGAAACUGAUGAUGUUCUUCUUGCGUUUAACAACACUGUCCAAAUUUUAAAAAUAUCAAAACAGAACACUUCAUUUACAUCAGUGCACUCUUCUAAUUACAAAAAUAAGGGUGAACUUCUUUGUGCCCGUUUUACUGCAUUUGGAAAGCAGCUUGGAUUUGCUGUUUUGACCAGUGCAGCACUUGCCCUCGAAUCGAUUGAUUCGGUAGAUGCAGUGAAGGAAAACGAUUCUUUAUCAUGGAAAUCCCAAACCAUAAACCUUUCAAGCUUUGAUCACUACAUGCUAACAUCUAAAAAUUUAGCCAUCAAUUUGGAGCAGGGUCUUUUCAUGAUCGAGUUCACUAAUCUUACUGCUUUCAAUCACGUUCCAUUAUUGACUCCGUUGGAUCAGGAUGGCUACCUUGGAUGUGCUGAUGAUAAUGGAUCUUUAUUCUACUCUCAUGGUUCGCCAAACGUUUUGGAAGUUUUCCAAGUAAUUUCGACUGGUGACAUUCUCAGCUUGAAGACUAUAACACUUAGGGAUGCCGGUUUGCUUUGGUGCACAAUUGGAAGUGAUGGAAAUGGUCUAGUUAUUUGCAUCGCAGAUAAGAAUGGAGUUUCUAUUGAUGCGUUGUAG